GCUGCAGGUGCUGCACCCCAUGGACGCUGCCCAGCGCUCACAGCACGUCAGAAAAGAAGAGAUGAUAUGAACCCUUCACUCUCCAGGCACCAACGGCACAGCUGAGAAGGGCGGUGGGAGAAUGGCCUGGCCAGACCGCUCCCGGAGGGGGACACUCCUCUCCCGGUUCAGCCACCAUCACGUUGUCGUCUUCCUCCUCACCUUCUUCAGAAGACCACGGAGCAAAGAUGCCACCUUGGGGGUUGAGGUCUGCCUGGCCAACGCCGUGGAGUUUUCAGCAUCCUCCCAUGCCUGUGACGUGACGCCGGACACACACUAUGGAAGACUGAAGAACAGUGGGUGCAUCUGGAUCAGCGUGCUGCUCUGGAGCAGCAACCACCUGUUCCCCAACGCCAAGGGGGCCACGCUCUUCCUGGGCACGCUGGACACCAUUUUUCUCUUCUCUUACGCCGUGGGCCUCUUCAUCAGUGGCUUCGUGGGGGACCGGCUCAACUUGCGAUGUGUCCUCUCGUUUGGCAUGUGUUCGUCUGCACUGGUGGCUUUUGUCUUCGGCACCGUCACCGAGUGGCUUCAUUUCUACAACAAGUGGUUUUACUGCGCCCUGUGGGUCGUCAACGGACUGCUGCAGUCCACAGGCUGGCCCUGUGUGGUGGCCGUCAUGGGCAACUGGUUCGGGAAAGCUGGGCGGGGAGUGAUCUUCGGGCUGUGGAGUGCCUGUGCCUCCGUGGGCAACAUCCUGGGAGCCUGCCUGGCGUCCUCCGUCCUGCAGUACGGCUAUGAGUAUGCCUUUCUGGUGACAGCGUCGGUGCAGUUUGCUGGUGGAGUUGUUAUCUUCUUUGGGCUCCUGGUGUCCCCGGAAGAAAUUGGGCUCCCGGGUAUGGAGGCCAAAGACGGAAGCCUGGAGGAAGACUCGCGCCGGCCGCUGAUCACGGGAGCCAGCAUCGAAGACGACGACGACCAGUCCAACUACUCGGUUCAAGCAGGCGGGGCGCCGGCUGAGCCGCACGAGGUCAAGGCCAUCAGUUUCUCCCAGGCCUGCUGCCUUCCUGGGGUUAUACCGUACUCGCUGGCCUACGCCUGCCUGAAGCUGGUCAACUACUCCUUCUUCUUCUGGCUGCCCUUCUACCUGAGCAAGAACUUCAAGUGGAAGGAGGCCGAAGCUGACCAGCUGUCCAUCUGGUACGACGUCGGAGGCAUCAUAGGUGGCACGCUGCAGGGCUUCAUCUCCGACCUGCUGCAGAAGAGAGCCCCAGUGCUGGCCCUGAGCCUGCUGCUGGCCACCGGGUCCCUCGUGGGGUACAGCCGCUCGCCAAACAGCAAGUCCAUCAACGCCCUCCUGAUGGCAGUCACAGGGUUCUUCAUCGGCGGGCCAUCAAACAUGAUCAGCUCUGCGAUUUCUGCCGACCUGGGGCGCCAGGAGCAGAUCCGCGGGAGCAGCGAGGCGCUGGCCACUGUCACAGGCAUCAUCGAUGGAACUGGGAGCAUCGGGGCUGCGGCUGGCCAGUAUCUGGUGUCUCUGAUCCAGGACAAACUUGGAUGGAUGUGGGUGUUCUAUUUUUUCAUUCUCAUGACGAGCUGCACGAUUGUCUUCAUCUUGCCCCUCGUCGUGAGGGAGGUGGGCCAUCUGGUGCGGAGGAGAAGGGCUCCCGUGUUGAAUGAGUGACGGUGCCUGGAGGGUCUCUGCUGCCGCCCUGGCUGUGGGAGCCCAGCCAGCUGACUUCCGGCAGGACGAGACCGUGAUGUGCUGCUGUUGUUUUACAAGUGUGGAGCGGCCUCCCCUCAGCCUGAUGGGCCGAAGCCCCCCUGCCCCCUGAGCUGGGGGAUGGGUGGUGGAGAUACCACGGACCCCACAGGCAGAGGGUGUGGCUACGGUCCUCUGGUCCUCUGUGUUCGGACCGAGCCUGAGCGGCCUGGUGGGGCCCCGUGCUCGUCUGGCAGGAGAGGGCUCGUCCAAUGACACAUCACCACUCUGAAGACAGAACCUUCAGGUCCUCGUCCUCCGUCAGCCCCCCGCCCUCCCUCGUUCAGAGGCCGCACAGACUUCCUGUCGAGGACCAGGGGCACGUCCAUUAUCCUGAACAUUCCAGCGAGGGUCUGACAACCCAGGCACUCAGCCCUGAUCUGCCGGCUGGGCACUUGACGGUUAACUGUCAUCGCCGGACUCAGGCACAGCCUGGCGUUUUCUCGGCAGACGGCUGGGUGGGAGGGGCCGCUUGUCGUGCUAGUGCAUGGGCAGAGGGGCAGGGGCUGUGGUCACUCAUCGAUAUUGUCAGGUCACCCUGUAUGUGUUCUAAAUCAUGUAAGCAAACACGGGGCGGGGUGCGCCAUGUUCAGGCCCCUGGUUUGCAGCUUCCUGCUUUAUACUCUGAGGUGUGGGUGUUCGUGGACCUGAUGGCAAGUGGACGUUAUCCAAUCAUGCAAACCUCCAAUCAGUUUAUUCAUUGUGACUGACAGACAGGGAAAUAAAGGGACUUUUGUAGUAA